GAUUUGUAAAACUCAUCAUUGAAUAAAACCAAUCUUUUUCCUCAUAACUUUCGAAUUUAUAUUAUAACGACAUUUCAACUAACCUUAUCACGGAUGAAAUUCUUAAAUACCUUGAUGGCGGUGACUUGACAGAAUUAGGCAUAUUGGAGAUGGGCCCUCGUAAGAUCAUCCUCAAUGUUAUUUCUAAAAUAACAGCACAACAACAGCGUGAGAUCCCAAAGGAGAACGAAAAUUCGGAACAUGAAAAGACCAUACAAUCUAUUCUGGCCGACGAACCAAAACUCCAAAGAAUGCUAAAGCUUCUCACCGCUGGUUCCAUUCCUGCCACUAACGAGCUGUUGAAAAUGAAUAGAGUUCUCACAAAAUUCUAUUUCGAGCGGAUGAUUCUGGAAGAGAAAAGAUAUCCGUCAUGGGGUGAGAAGCAAGAAUUGGCAAUCAAGAUUAUCGAAGCCUUUCCACAGCUGGAAAAAACACGAGUGAGUGCUAAUGCUCCAAGAGAGUCGUAUUUCUUCUGGCGAAACAAAGGCCUUGGAAAAGGGCCACAUUCCGGAAUCAUUGAAACACGCGUGAGCAAUAUGCGUAAAGAUUUACCCUCGGAAGAACGACUUUUCCAAAGGCCAAAGCAAACGAUCAUAGUGUUGCCGGACGGAAUUCAGGAGCUUGCAUCCUACGUGGCAACAUUGACUCCGUCUUUGCAGAACGUCAGGGAGAUAUCUGAAAAAAUGUCACAAUGCACGAUCUUGCACCAAUGGCUACUUAGAGAAACAGAUGUCACUAACUCCUUGAUAAAAACCUUUCCACACUUUCUUGCAUAUAAUGGACUCAUGGUAAGUUCACUGUUCUCAAAAUGUAUGUUGACUUCCUCUAAUAACGAAAAUAUUACUUUCCAGGUCCAACAAGCCUUCGAGCGGCUUCAUCCAAAUGCAAUCAAGGAUUGUAGUAUGGAUUCAUUUAUGCAGCUUGGAAUUCUUAUGGAAAAAAACGAAUGGAACGUGGUAGAAGACGUUAACAUCCGAGGUGCCCUUCGAUUUUUGAAGAAGUUGACACAUUGUGGCAUCAAGCGGAAAAUGGAAGAAGAUAUGACCAUCGAAGAAUUCUUAGCCACACCGCUGAUUCGGUGGGUGAAAGUUGAAAACACAACGAACCUGAUCGCUACACGUAAUCAUGUGCAUACUCAUCCUGAUUUGCCUCCUCAUAUUGUGUGCUGCGCCGAGACCUUCAAAACAGGCGACGUUUUUGUUGUUUUUGCGGAUCAUAUUAUCCCUUGUGGUAACUCAGGAGACGUGGCCAUUGACGUUUUGAUGAAGCUUUUUCCAGUUCUGGGAAUCGACGUGCCGGUCCUGCUCAAAAAGCUGUAUGACCUGAUUGCCAUAAACCUUUGGGAAAUCAAACAAUGUUCCACUAGCACCAAAGUAUCGCAGCUGACUCUACGUUUAAAGGAAUUUAUGAGUGCGAUUCGAUGCGAUUAAUUACUCUCAAUGAGCAAAACUUU